CUUGCCUUUCACUCACUACCUCUGUCCCUUCUACUACUACCACUGACAGCCAUUGUCUCCGUCAGGCCCUCAGGCUCUGACGAUUGCCGAGUGUGUGCCCUGCCCGGCCCACCGAGGUUAGCCAGAAAAGGAGAAGUGCAACAGGCUAGGCAAGACAUCAAGAAUGGCGUUCAAAGAUGCCGGAUGUGGCUCACCUGGUUCAUAUAAGUGCACCAAAGGAAGCGGUGGAGGAAAGCUGUGCGUGUGUACAUUGUGCCAGUGUGGUAUGCACAAAUGUCCGUCGAAACACACGUCGCUGAACACGCAGUUCGACCCCAACGCGCAGUCGGAGUACAUCCACAAGUACCCGGCAUGGCCGAUCGGGCCCAAAUUCAAGCGAGAAGUGAUGCCGACGAAGUUCGGCGAUGCCAAAUUCAACGACGAUACCACUUACGACACGGACUACACGAAGAAGGAGAUACCUGCGAGGUUCAUCAGGGCGGGCGAUGGGCAGACUCUGGCAGGAAACAUGCCCAUCGGGACGCAUUACCAGAACCCGCACUCCGAGUACAUCGAUCGGUACAUCAAGCACCCGAUCGGGCCCCGGUUCAAAAAGCAGGAUCCGCCGCUGCAGAACAGCGGAGCGCGCUUCUGCGACGACACGACGUACGACACCGACUUCAAGAAAUGGCCCAAUGCCAUGCGCCAGCCGUUCAAGCCGGCCAUGACGACCAAGGACACGGGCAUGUUCGACGACCUGACCACGUACAACAUCGCCUACGUCGACAAGUCCAAGCACUUGCAGCGGUGGGUGCGGCCCAAGGAGGCGCCCGCGGCUAGCAACGGGCCCUUCUACGGCAUCACCACGCACGCCACGGACUUCGGCCCCAAGCCCCUGUCCGGAAGAGCUGUGCCUGUGAAGCACGAUUGCUCGCUGGGCAGCAGCGGCGCCAAAUUCGAAGGCGAGACCACGUACCACGACGGCUACCGCGCCUGGCAGCUGAGCAAGCCCGUUCGCGCCGUGCGUCGCGACGGGCCGAUCAGCGGCGACAAGUUCAAGGGCGAGAGCAUUUACCACUCCGACUACAUCAACCCGAAGUUGCCCCCUCGCUGCCCCGUGCUGCUGCGGCCCAAGCCCACCAACAUUUGCGGUGAUCACAUGUGUUACUAGGCUCUGUUGCUGCGGUGGCUCUGCUCUUAGUCCGAUCCUUCCCCCUCCCUCGGAAUCCCUGCGAGGUCUUGAGCUGGGCCCCAACCUCUUCGGGCAAUUCGCGAGAGCUCGAGAUCUUUGCCCUCGGCCCUCCCUUGUCUCAGGCAGCCGGGGCUAUCACGGCAUUUUCUUUCUUUUCCUUGGCUUGUUGGUGCAAGCGAUCAUUCCUCCCGCUGUCGCGCUCGAUUCGGGUUGGCCCCUUGGUUCGGAGCCAUGCACGAAAAUCAUGGAAGAUACUGCCGCAGCGGGAGCUUGCUCAGCCGAGACCGAAUUCACGUGACCCAGGUCUCGUGUCCAACAUUGCAGAAUUCCGGGCGAAAAGCUAGCAGCAACUACGAAUGAAUCCUUCCACCAGACGUUGUCUGCUGUGUCUGAUGCUGCCGCAGGCAGCACGAUUGGGCCACCAACGAUUUGGGGAUGAACACCGACAGUGUCAAUAUCAGUAACUCAGAUCCGUCGUUAACCACGGCCCUUCCGGACUUGGCCUCUUCGAGCUCACUUAGUAAUUUGACUCUAGCUAGAUAGCAUUGUGUUCGGUGUACAGACAGGAUUAGAAGGUUGGGAGAUUUUCAUCUUGAGCGGCCUAUAGUGUACAGCAGCAGGAAAGAUCUCACGGAGAAGAUGCAUGCGACGGUGAAGAGCGCCAGAGGUAGGUAAUGCUGUCGGUCGGGCUGGCUUGAGCUCGUGAUGGUUCACAGCAAGGAGAUUCGAUUGCUCAGUGUAGAAGUCAUGGGAGCUCCUCUCCCUUAGACUGCUCUUCGUAUUUCACUCCAGAUCUAAUGCUGUAUUAAGUAUUAAUCCCAUGUGGCUUCAGAUAUGGUAAUGCCGAGAUUCGAUGUCGUUCUUCCAUAAAAUUCCCAUCUGAUUGUUUACUUGGGUGAAUGAGAACUGUGCGUGUUUAGAAUUGCGAAAGACCGAGGGUGAACGUCGGGGUGGGUCCGGCAUGAACCUGUGU